AGACACUUUCGUGCUCCUCUCUCUGUGAGCUGCUCCUGGUCUUCACCUGCAUUCCUGUGGCAGCAUGCAGCUCCUGGUGUUCUUAGCAGCUCUCAUGGGGCUCAUGUUCAGCAUCCGAGCAGCCGCCGUACUUCCCGCCGAGGACAGCAGCCCCCUGCGCAGGGAGUUCAGUAAAGAGCGAAAGGAGCUCAUCCUUAAGCUGGUGUCCGGCUUGUUGGAUGGAGCACUGGAGUCCAACAUGCUGCCGGGUGAAGCGGUGCCGGUGGAUCUGGAGGAGCCGCUGGAGUCUCGUCUGGAGGAGAGGGCUCUCUACAACAGGUUAUCACUGCCUCAGCGCGACCGCAAAGCCCCCUGUAAAAACUUCUUCUGGAAAACUUUCACCUCCUGCUAACAGAACCAUAAAUCAAACCUGGCACCUCCUCUGACCC